CCUCGUCACCCUCUGUCACGACCCGCCCGUCACUCGCCUCAGCUGGAGACGCCGUAACAGCGGUCACAACCCGGAGAAGAAGGCAGGAAACAAAUGAAUGCGAUGGAUUCUGUUGUGCACCACAAUCCGUCCCAGAGCACCUUGACUACCGUGUCCUCAUCCCGCAGGCGCUCACGGGAGAAUGAGACACCUGCCCAGCGUCAAAAGAGGGAGAAAGCAGCCGAGAGGCAGCGUCGGAAGCGGGAGCGUGAUCGUCAAGUCAAUAGUCUUAAUGCUGCCAUGUCAUAUCCACACCCGCAUGCAGAACCUCAGCCUCCCCCACAACCACAACCAGACCCAUCACCAACGCAACCCUUCGCCAGUCAGGAAUUAACGCCAGAGGAAGUAGCGAAGAAGGAAAGAGUUAGGGCCGCCGCUAGGGAACGGCAACGGAAGCAUCGGAGUCUGGUCAAGCAGCGGAAAAUGAGGGAACUAGGCUUGGAGAUGACAAGUGAGAUGCUGCAGGGAAUGGAGGAGGUCCAAUUCCGGGUGAACGGCGAAAACCAGUUCCAGCAGGUCAUGCCUCACGAAAUCCCUCAUCAACAUCCCCUGAACCCACCAGACCCUUCUUUCACUCAACCACUUACAGGUGGACAAAACUUCGCAUCGACCCUUCUCCUAUCAUUUUCAUGCGCACCCCUAUUAAAGCAGCACCUGCUGCGAACCCUCUCUAUGACAAGCGAGGAAUUGGCCUCCUUGGAACCAAUCAUUGCAGAUGCUUUUGAUCAGUGGGAUCAUCAGCGACGCAUGCACUAUGUACAGCAAGCUGCUGCGAAGGCAGCUGAUGGUUCGAUGCCUGGGCCUUCUGGGCCCCCGUUUCCUAACGUCGAUAUGAACGAUCCAUCUGCCAACGCAUUCAACGAUUCUUCUCAAGCCCAUGCUAACGAGUUUCGGGCUCGGUUUCACAGACCACUAGUUGCUCCCUCCCCUUUCCGGAAUUUCAAUGCUGGAGACUCUGCUACUGCCACCACUUCCACCCCUACUUCCACGCCGGGAUCUGGGCCAUCGUCAGACCCGAUUGAUCCCCAUCUUACUGGUGUUGUCAUUGCAUCUGGUGACUCGCGACAAAAGGUCACGUUGGAUACGGACUUUGGUCAAGCCAAAGGAGAGGCGGAGGGUGUCGUUGGUCGCCUCGAGCGAUCGUAACCAGUUCACCUGGCCACAUGCCGCAUGCAUUCGUUCAUUUCUUCUCCUGAGAUUCUUCACCCUACAACCAUAGGCUAAUGUGUUUCUUGCAUGGCACGUCGUUGCUUGUAUUGUACUCUUACGUCUGUAGUACACUGGACUAAGACAUGUGUGUGGCUUGCUUCUCGAAUGGUAGUAG